GAGUUUAGUAAAUGACUGCAGCAGGGCGCGCAGAGGGGCUUUGGCAGCGUUUUUCGUUCGCGCGAUGGAAGAGGAAGCUCUGAGCGCCGCAACCCGCGCCGCUUUGCGUCCGUCCCGGCGGUCCUAAACCGAGGAGAGCAGGAGAGUGAGAGGAAGGAGAAAAUGAGCCGCGUCCCCUAAAACUCGGACAGACAAUGGAAGUAGCAGCACACAGCAUCAGCAGCAGCAGUAACCACUCACCCCUGGGAAACAACUACGUAGGAAAUAAGAGCACCUGCAGAAGAAGCUCAGCAGCAGCCAGCGCCGGCGGUCAGGGUCCCUGCGACUACAGGCGGCAGGAAAGCAGCACAGUUCUCCCGGUCCGGUGCUGUUUGCUGGGGUGAAGGGAGAAGAAAUUGAAGCGCCGGUCACGCAGAGAGAGGCACGUUCAGGCUCUCCGUAUCCGUUUCACACAACUUCUGGGGGAUUGCGCUGCUCUGAGGUGGAGGUCGGGAGUUUGGUUUCUGUGCCAAGCGGACACUGAGAGCGAGGACUGAGGGAAAGAGAGAGCGUCCUGUGUAGCUACUAUUACUACUACUACUACUAUUAUUACUACUACUACUAGUGGCACUGCUAGCUAGUUGUUGAGCUAAACCUCUAUGCAAGAAUUAUUAUUAAUAUUACUAUUAUUAUUAUUAUUAUUAUUAUUAUUAUUAUAGGCUCUCCUGAAGGUCUCACCGCGCUGGCUAUGGAUUGUCCAGAGUGAACAGCUUCUCAAUUUGUUUCAUCCUGUUAGUUAAUUAGUUAACUAGCUAGCUGUACCACACAAGCUGCUCUUCCCUCUUUUUUCUCUCUCUCUAUAUCUUUCUCUUUAGCUAUUACUUUCUCCCUAUAUCUCUAUUUCUUUCUGUCUGUCUCUCUGUCUAUUUUUCUAUCUCUCUCUAUUUCUCCGCGGUCAUACAACGUGAACUCGAACCUCACGGUGUGCUAAUCAAUCGAUAGCCACUGUCUGGAAGGAAAAUGGUCGCCUCGCCUCUUCCUCUGUGGUCUUAAACACACAUGCUUGUUUUUGGCUCUUACCUUUUUCCUAAAACAAGCAGCAGCAGCAACAAGAAGAAGAAGAACAAGGAGGAGAAGAAGAGUCAGUCCUUCCCCGCCUCGGAAGUCUGAAAUCACGCCAGGGAUUGUAUUGUGCAAGCUAACGGUGGCCCAAAGCUCCUGAGUCUGGCAAAAUGUGCAAAUUGAACGCACUCGGGAUUUAUUUGUGGGAAACUAUACUGUUUUUCAGCUUGGCAGCAUCCCAGCAAGCUGCAGCGCGGAAAGCUGCCUCCCCCAUGCCCCCUUCAGAGUUCUUGGACAAACUCAUGGGAAAAGUGUCUGGUUACGAUGCAAGAAUCAGACCUAAUUUUAAAGACCCACAAGGCUCCAAAUCGGAUGGUACUCACAAGAAAGGUCCCCCUGUGAACGUAACAUGCAACAUUUUUAUUAACAGUUUUGGGUCCAUUGCUGAAACAACAAUGGAUUACAGAGUGAACAUUUUCCUGAGACAGCAGUGGAAUGACCCGCGACUGGCCUACAGCGAAUACCCCGACGACUCCCUCGACCUGGACCCCUCCAUGUUGGACUCCAUUUGGAAGCCUGAUCUUUUCUUUGCCAACGAAAAAGGAGCCAAUUUCCACGAGGUUACCACCGACAACAAGCUCCUGCGCAUCUCCAAAAACGGGAACGUGUUAUACAGCAUAAGGAUAACACUGGUUCUGGCCUGCCCUAUGGACCUGAAGAACUUCCCUAUGGAUGUGCAGACCUGUAUAAUGCAGCUGGAGAGCUUCGGCUACACGAUGAAUGAUCUGAUAUUCGAGUGGGAUGAGAAGGGGGCGGUGCAGGUAGCUGACGGGCUGACGUUACCCCAGUUUAUUCUGAAGGAGGAGAAGGACUUGCGCUACUGCACCAAGCACUACAACACAGGCAAGUUCACGUGCAUUGAGGCUCGCUUCCAUCUGGAGAGACAGAUGGGUUAUUACUUGAUUCAGAUGUACAUCCCCAGCCUGCUGAUUGUUAUCUUGUCAUGGGUGUCCUUCUGGAUCAACAUGGACGCCGCCCCUGCUCGAGUUGGCCUGGGCAUCACCACUGUGCUGACCAUGACCACCCAGAGCUCAGGGUCCAGAGCAUCUCUGCCUAAGGUUUCCUACGUGAAAGCCAUCGACAUCUGGAUGGCCGUGUGCCUCCUGUUCGUCUUCUCUGCUCUGCUGGAAUACGCCGCUGUCAACUUCAUCGCCCGCCAGCACAAGGAGCUGUUGCGCUUCCAGAGAAGGAGACGGCACCUUAAGGAGGAUGAAGCAGGAGAAGGCCGUUUCAGCUUCGCUGCGUACGGCAUGGGCCCAGCGUGUCUGCAGGCCAAGGACGGUAUGGCCAUCAAGGGCAACAACAACAACGCCCCCACCUCCAGCAUCCCACCCGAGAAGACCGUGGAGGAGAUGCGCAAGCUGUUCAUCAGCCGCGCCAAGCGCAUCGACACAGUGUCCCGUGUGGCCUUCCCCCUCGUCUUCCUCAUUUUUAACAUUUUCUACUGGAUCAUUUACAAGAUCAUUCGCAGCGAGGAUGUUCACAAGCAGUAAAAAACAUCUUGCUAAAAGGGCGAGCCCUGACCGAAAAAGCCGCCGCUGUCGCCAACCACCACCACAUCCCCCACAUCCCCCCCAGUGCCAACUUCCUCUUCCCAGCACCCACUUGCUUUUAAGUGGCAAGUCCUUGGCAGAGGUAUUUACUGAUGUUAUUUUUUAUUUAUUUAUUUAUUUUUCUUUUCGCCCCCUUGUUCUAUUCUCCUGAAUAAUCCGGACCUGUGCAAUAGCAAUGCAGUAAAAUGCAUGAUAUAUGAAUGUGGCAAUAUACUUACAAAAAAAAAAUAAAAAAUAAA